AUGACACCAAGCACGAAGAAUAAGAGGGUUCGAAGAAACAGGGUCGAGGCCAAAAUUGUUGAUACUCCAAAGAAUCAACAACAUUCUGAUUCGGAUUUCGAUAUUCAUGACGAGGAAGAAUCAAAUUCGAGUGAAGUGGGUGCGGAUUUAGCAAAGAAUGACAGCGACAUUGACACAGACCUCCCAAAAUUUGACCCAAAAAACCGUAAGCGCCGACGGGAUUUUUCGAAGAAAAAAGAGUUGAAGAAGCAUCAAACAAAAGGAGACAUCGAUAAUUCUACUCGAAAGAUGAAGGAAUGGGAGUUGCUCAUACCCAAUCCGAAGCCCAUGCAUAUCAAAAUUCUGAAUUGCAAUGACAACAGCAAGGCUGAUUGCGCAAUAAAUGACAUUAAAAAAUCGUUGACCGAGGGGCAACUGGACAUGUUCAAGAAAACUGUGUUUGGCAAAUUCUUAAACAUACCUCACUGUAAAUUUCAGACUCAGUUGGUCAACAUGCUAUUGUUACGUGAGGUAAACCAGCGAAGGUCUGACGAGGUUUGGAUCAAUUUUGCUGGGAAGAUGCUCCGGUUUGGUAUCGAAGAGUUUGCCUUAAUUACCGGAAUGAAAUGCAUUGGGUCUAGCAAGAAAUUAGCCUUCCAGCAAGUGACUGGCGGUCUCUUUGAUACAUACUUUGUUGGGUUCCGAUUGACCAGGAACUACAUACGGAGUCAAUUUAUCUCCAAGGUAUGGAAGAAUGACGAGGAUGCAGUGAAGCUUGCAAAGCUUCACCUUCUAGCAAAUUUUUUACUGGGUGCCCAGGACACAUUAUUGCUUGAUAGACGAUAUUUGGACAUAAUUGAUAGGUCCGAUUGUGAUGAAUUUCCAUGGGGAACAGAGGUGUUUGAAUACACUAUCCAUUAUCUGAAGAAGACGUUGCACAAUCGUCGGGCGAUGCAUACGAGAAAAGACGAUGUGAAUGACUAUCUUUACAGAUGCUAUGGAUUCAUCCUAGCACUGCAGAUUUGGUUUUUUGAGAUUUGUGACGCAGCUGACAAUCCGAUUUGCUCACGUAUAGUUGGUGAAGAUAUGCCACGUAUGUUGAAGUGGGAGGUGAAGGGAUGCUACAACAGAUUGUUCAUCGACAGACAUUUCAUGAACUUGUCACAUGACAAGUUCAACAACUUGAGCCCGACAGAGUUUGAGAAAUCCAAUCUUCAGUUAGAUGGGUUCUUCAAGAAAAAAAAUCAAUUUCUCGUAGACGACGACUCGUCAUCUAAUGGUCCAACGCACAUCCAAUCGGAGAUACUUAACCGAUUGGAUGAGAUGGGACAAAAACAGACAGACAUGGCCAACGAGCUUGAAAUGAUAAAGAAUCUGUUUAUGGAGUUUUCAACCAAGAGUGCUAAUGACUUUGCCAUGCUCAAAGAAAUGAUAUUGGGUGGAAAUCUUGGAGCACAAUCACAUCACCAGUUUGCAGCCGAUGUCCCAAACGAUGCCACAGGCCGUGCCACAAACCUUGAUGUUGAUACAGGUCAUCCCGAGGAAGGUGAUGUUGAUGCCAAUGUUGGACAAGAUACUGACGUUGAAAAUGAUCCAAAAGGAUUCAAUGCUGAUGUUGAUGUCAAUGUUGGACAAGAUACCGACGUUGCAAAUGAUCCAAACGGAGAAAAAGUUGUGGACAUACCUGCUAAGAAAGUCAAACCGGCGGUGUUAAACCCUAUUGUAGUCGGUUUAAAGAAACGGAAUGUGCUUAAACAUUCAUGUCCAUUCAAUGUUCCGUUCUGGAAGGAUGUUUUUUACGGUGAAACAGAAGAUUUCAUGAGGUGGCUUAGAAUGGGUUCUCUUCAGACUUUUCGAAAGAUUAGUGAACACGAGACGGAGCACUACCUUAAGAAAUACAGGCAACUCAAGAGACCAUUCGACUUCAAUGUUGCCCGUAUCACUGACAAGAAUUGGUUUAGGAGGCUCCAAGACCCUGGUUCAGAUACGGGUGUGUGUUCUUUGGAGAACAUCAUUGUAGACUAUAUAUUGGGAAAGAAGAUAAUUUGUGGCGAGUCCUGGUUUGAUGUUGAUCAUGUCUUCUUUCCUAUUCAUAUUGAUUUCAAUGGUGUUGGCCACUGGGUACUUGGGCGAUUUUCCAUUGCUGAGAGGAGUAUUGUUGUAUACAAUUCUCUUCGAUCUGAAGAGUAUGACAAGAUUGUGUACGACGGUGUUCGGUGCUACUCUACCAUAAUUCCUAUUUUCCUCGGUAUGAUCCACUUCUAUUCCAAAAGGACCGACAUCAAAACUGUGGGAAAAGGAUUCGAUGGAAAAGGGAUGAUUGAUCCACUCGAUGUUAUUAUGGCUGAAAAUCUUCCUCAGCAGCAUCAAGGGUAA